UGUGUAGUUGAAACCUUCAUCCCUGCAGAGAAACGGAGAGAUGGACGACCUUACCUCCCCGGAGACUGUACGAUGGUAUUCGACUCACUGGACCGUCUGGGUCUUGAUCCCGAGCGCGAUUCUUAUGCUCGCCAAAUAAUUCGGGGUUGGCGGAACCGAACCUAAUAAAUUUGAGUUUACCGUUGUUUUCAUUCCACACUUUGGCGGAGGAAGGCGAAAGAGGACCUUAUAUCGCAUUACCUAUUACACUCGGAACUUUUCGACGAUAAAAUAUCUGAAAUGUGACUUGAGGUGAAAAGAUGCUAUAAGGUUGCCUUCAGAGACUCUAUCUGUCAGGACCGACCACUAAGGAUAUCAGUACCGUAGCAAGUGGACGGAGAAGCGCACUGUCUCCAGGUAGACCCGCCAAACAGACUUCCAUAGAACAAAACAUAGCGAGUACGUACACUUGUACUAAUGCAUCACGAUGAACUGGUUUCAUUUUGAGUGUCAACUGAAUUCAACAGCUGCAUUUAUCGGUUUUGUUGUUCCAAUGCUGCCACGGGUAUCAUCCUGCGAUCACCAACUCCAGUGCGCUCCCUGAGAGACACAAACGUGAGCACGAUGUUUCGUUUAGGGAUCACUGUUAUUGGCGGCUGUGUGGGGACUUAAGGUUCAGAUUGGUUUGGCUAGGGAUGCCUGACUCCUUCGAUAUCCUGAAGAACCGGACAGACUCAGGGUCAGGGUACGGACAGGUAGAACGUGGACUGGCGGGUGAGGAGGGAACGCGUCCGGCAUGGGCAAUAGCGGUUCUGGCGAGUGUGUUGAUCUUCACUACGGUGGUGGACGUGCUCGGCAACCUCCUCGUGAUCAUUUCGAUAUUUAGGAACCGAAAGCUGAGGAAUUCUGGUAAUGUGUUUGUGGUUAGCCUGGCGUUUGCAGACCUGGUGGUGGCUUUCUACCCAUACCCCCUGGUCCUCUAUGCACUCUUUCACGACGAAUGGUCCCUCGGUGACACGCAGUGCAUGGUGAGUGGCUUCCUCAUGGGUCUCAGCGUGAUCGGCUCCAUCUUCAACAUUACUGGCAUCGCCGUGAACCGCUACUGCUACAUCUGCCACUCUUUCUCCUACCACCGCCUAUACAGCUGCCGCAACACGCUGCUCUUCGUCGCCCUAAUCUGGCUGCUCACCGUCCUGGCCAUCCUCCCCAACCUGUUUGUGGGCUCCCUGCGCUAUGACCCCAGGGUCUACUCCUGCACUUUUGCCCAGAACGUCAGCAGCUCCUACACUGUGGCCGUGGUGGUGAUUCACUUCCUGGUCCCCAUCGCCGUGGUGACAUUCUGUUACCUACGAAUAUGGGUGCUGGUCAUCCAGGUGCGGAGAAAAGUGAAGACCAACGAGGGCCCCCGCCUUAAACCGAGUGACAUGCGGAACUUUGUCACAAUGUUUGUGGUCUUCAUUCUAUUCGCCAUCUGCUGGGCUCCACUCAACCUGAUUGGCUUGGCUGUAGCCAUAGACCCGCCUCGUCUGGCCCCUCGCAUCCCUGAGUGGCUGUUUGUGGUCAGCUACUUCAUGGCUUACUUCAACAGCUGCCUGAAUGCCAUUAUCUAUGGCCUCCUCAACAGAAACUUCCGGAACGAGUACAAGCGCAUUAUCACGUCCGUGUGGGUGUCGCGCCUGCUGUACACAGAGACGUCACGGGCCGCCACAGAUGCCGGUAGAAGCAGACCGUCCCCGGGGCCGCAGUUUAACAACAACGAGUCAUUCAAAGACCUGAAAGACAGAAGUAUGAAAUCUUAGCUUGAACGGACCCUCUGUCUGGUAACUGUGGCUGGCAUCUCCUUUAGAGAGAGUCUUUGGUAUAGCAUUAAUGUACUUAAGACACACUCCGAACUGUGACCUGAAAUGUCCAUUCUUUUGUAAUAGGCUGCCUGCCUUUGUCUUGUGGUGAUGUUAAUUUGAACUUGUGAGGCAAGGUUCUUAUGAAGGUUUACCAUAUCUAAUACCUUUAGAUGCGUGAGUUCUAAAUAUUUCCGACGGUCCCCACAGCGUAAGUAAUUUUUCCAAAACGAAAGCUAGCUAGCUUUAAUUAGCUUCCAUUACCUAGUUACAU